AUGGGGCAGUUUGGGCCUAUGCGCCCCGCUGCGGAGAGACAACUUGGGGGCCUCAGUUUGGCCAGCCAAACGGCCGGGACCCCUCCGGUCUCGGAGCCAUCCAUGGAAACGUUUCAGUUUCUCCGGUCUGCCUGUCCAUCUGCACAUACAGAUUGGGGUCCAGUGGUCUGGCGCGAAACCCCUCGGCCUUGACCUGACACCUUCGUCCGACUGGCACAUCUGCCUGUGCCUCGGAUUGCCUUCAAGCUGCACGUGGAAACCUGCUCUCCAAUCGUGCAACGAGAGGCCGCAUCGGUGAACAGGGGUCGGGCCGACCCACGGGGCUUAGAUGCCAAUCAACAUGGCCGACUCCAUUCGCCCACUUUCGUGUUUUCCCAUCUGCCCAGUCACACACUUUUCCACUUUCCCAUUUUGCCCAUUUGCCCACUUGCCCACUUUCCCACUUUGCCCAUUUACCCACUUUCCCGGCCGCCCAGUGGCCGACUCCGUUCGCCCACUUUCGUGUUUUCCCAUCUGCCUAGUCACACACUUUUCCACUUUCCCAUUUUGCCCACUUGCCCACGGCCAAGUGUCAAUCUGACAGGCCUUGCGGCCCGGAUCGGGACACGAUGCCUCGCUAAUUGGACGACAGCAUCACGGCACAAAUCGCCAACCUCUCCAACUCCCCAGGCAACGGCGGGCCUAUCGUCUGCCUCAAGUGCCCCAACACCCUCAGCCCCCUGCCAUGAGGCUUAUGCCAGUGUGUGUCCAUCUUUUCUUCUGACCAUCUGGUCAUCUGCCCAUCUGCAUAGAACUGUUGUACAUUUUUCACUUGGACCCGCCAACGUGCCUCGACUCAGUUGUAGAAAAUCAAAGCCCUCCUGCCGCCACCGUUUCGAGCAAGUGCAGAUUCCUGGCUCAACGCCGAAAAGGUGA